AUGUCUGCUACUCCUGAUAUCACUCUGUAUACGUUUGACACACCUAAUGGUCGUAAAAUCAGCAUCACUUUAGAAGAACUAGGGAUUCCUUACAAAGUCCACAAGAUCGCGUUGACUUCAGGGGAGCAAAAAAAAGAUUGGUUUUUGAAAAUCAAUCCGAAUGGAAAAAUACCGGCCAUAGUUGAUCACUCGCGUGAUAAUUUCAGCGUAUUUGAAAGUGCUGCCAUCAUGCUCUAUCUCGGCGAACAUUAUGACCCAGAAGGCAAACUGUUAUCCAAGGAUCCUAAUCUGCGUAGCGAGACUAUCCAAUGGAUGAUGUUCCAAAUCGGUGGUUUGGGUCCGAUGCUGGGUCAAGCAUAUCAUUUUCUGAAGGAGGCUCCAGAGGAGGUUCCAUAUAGCAUUCGUCGAUACUAUAAGGAAACUCAAAGACUGUUGAGUGUGCUUGAAAACAGGCUGAAGGGUAGAGAAUUCCUUGUGGGAGAUUCACUGACACUUGCUGAUAUUAUUAACUUUACGUGGGCUGAUGCUGCAUCCUUAAUAAACAUUAAUUUUGAUGAAUAUCCUAAUAUUAAGAAUUGGAUAGCUCGCAUAAAAGCGAGACCAGCCGUGCAAAGAGGACUUAAUGUGCCUGACCAGAGAUCUGGCACGGCUGAA